ACUACCUGUGGAUACCUUAAUGGCGAUCCACAAAGUGCGCGGACAGCAGCUUAUGGCUAUGGAUGCCGCGUAGACACCGCACGUGGACUAUGGGGUUUUUGUCCAACAAGUGUGAUACUGGCCGAAGACUGUGGUUUGGCAGGAUUCUGUGUGGAUGAUCACUCGUGUACGGCAGGGUGUGGCAGUUUUUUCAACCAAAUAGGUAUCACUACAGUCUCAUGUGAAAAAACCCAAUUCUGCUCCACUGCCUUACUACUUAACGGCCGUGAUCAGUCAUACGAGUAUAUUGCUUGUGGAAUAAAUCCAGUGCCAGAAACAUUAUUCCCAGUUCCGAACGCCGUGGAAGCAUCGACGACAUCGAGCCCUAGCGCCACGCGCAGUGCUUCUUUAGGUACCCCGAAUUCACAAUCAAACCCACCGAAUACAAGGGAACCAUCGUCCCUCACUACUUCGCUAGAGCCUUCAUCGCCAUUGUUGACACCAUAUGCAACGGAUACGUCUUAUGCACAAAAAUUCACGAAUACCGGGGCUAUUGUGGGAGGCGCCAUUGGAGGGCUUAGUGUCAUUUGCUUGACCAUUCUUGGUGUGCUACUCAUACGUAGAAAGCGCAGAGUUGGGGAAAAGACAGACCAGUCUCCAGGAGACAUUUAUGACGACCAAACUGCUCCUACAGACGACACUAGGUACGGUGGUUACCACUCAUUAUACGCAAAAAAGGGGGCGCAUUGGGAUAGCAGUCAUGGUCCCGUAGAGAUGCAUGCUGGGUAUACUGCGAGCAGUGAACCCAUCGAGCUCAUGGGA